AUCAUGGGGAAAGUUAGAUCCUUCCCCACUCAACCUAGUAUCUGUAUGACCGAAAAAACCUAGUAUUUUGGAAAAGGUCAAGCGUCUGAUUUGGUUCUAAUUUGUGGUGCUUAAGUGGGUAGGUGAUCGUUACUGUUGCUGAUGAGACGAUGGUCAAGAUUUUUGGCUCCUCUGGGUCGCAGCAUGAUUUGUUUUUUGUUUUUUUUUUUAUUCUUAUAAUGUAUUCAUUCUUUUGAGGGGAAAGAGCGGUGUUUUCUUCUUAAAGAGGGUUAAUCAAUGUGCCCAAAAAUCUCCGGGCCUCAUUUUGUUGACCGAUACUUUGAAAUUGGUUCAGUUAGCCGAGGUGAGAGGACCUCGAUUGUGACAUGUCUGUGGUAGACAUCUAGAGUCGACGCUUAUUUUGCUGCUUAGGGUGUCCAACACGUACGGCUCGUUCCUGUUCCAACUGCCGUUCUUUAGAGGCGUGAUAAACGUCGUUGCAGAUUUUGUGGAGUUUUUGGUAGGGUCUUCAUAUUCUGUGAUAGUGUCCAGCAGUAGACGGCACUUUGCAUCUCCCACCUGUAGUGUUAGGCAACUGCUGCUUUCCCCAGUUGGCGGACGAGGAGAGCAGAACCUCUUGACAGGAAAAUUUGGCAACCUGGAUUUUCUAUUAUGUCGGAACUCGUUAGUUGCUUAGCACGAGUUUAACACCAGAAGGAAGCAUGAUCAUCCCACCUUACAAAGAAAUGAAACUAGUUGCUGCCAUUCCAAAGCAAGGAUUGGCUUCAUUUCAUGUCCUGAGCGUAACCCAAGUCCAUUUUAUAGGGUCGUGGAACGAUGGGUGCAGGUGGCAAUAUGUCAGUUCGCCCGGCGGUGAAGAAGUCAGAAACCAAGCUUCACAAACGAGUUCCUUCUUCAAAACCUCCAUUCACGCUAAGUCAGCUCAAGAAAGCCAUCCCGCCUCAUUGUUUCCAGCGAUCUGUUGUUCGCUCAUUUUCCUACGUGGUCUAUGAUUUGACCAUAGCCUACCUCUUGUACUACAUUGCUACCACUUAUUUCCAUCUCCUUCCCUCCCCUCUUUCUUACCUAGCUUGGCCCAUCUAUGGGUUCGUGCAAGGCUGCAUUCUGACCGGUGUCUGGGUCGUGGCCCACGAAUGUGGCCACCACGCCUUCAGUGACUACCAAUGGCUGGAUGACCUGGUUGGCCUCGUUCUGCACUCGUGCCUCCUCGUUCCUUACUUUUCUUGGAAAUAUAGUCAUCGUCGCCACCACUCCAAUACAGGUUCCCUUGAGCGUGAUGAAGUUUUCGUUCCGAAGCAAAAGUAUCAGAUCCCAUGGUUCUCAAAGUACCUAAACAACCCACCAGGCCGAAUGAUCACACUCACCAUCACACUCACCCUUGGUUGGCCCUUGUAUUUGUUGUUCAACGUUUCUGGUAGGCAUUAUAGUCGAUUUGCCUGUCACUAUGAUCCUUACGGGCCCAUCUAUUCCGACCGGGAGCGGCUGCAGAUUUACAUAUCUGAUGCUGGUGUUCUCGCGGUCACUUAUGGGCUUUACCAUCUUGCUGCAGCUAAAGGACUUGCAUGGGUUAUGUGCGUCUAUGGAGGACCCUUGCUCGUUGUGAAUGGGUAUCUAGUGUUGAUCACUUAUUUGCAGCAUACUCAUGCAUCGCUUCCUCAUUACGAUUCUUCCGAGUGGGAUUGGCUCAGAGGAGCUCUAGCGACCGUGGAUAGGGACUAUGGCAUCUUGAACAAGGUCUUCCACCAUAUAACAGAUACUCACGUAGCGCAUCAUUUGUUUUCUACAAUGCCUCACUACCAUGCCAUGGAGGCCACCAAGGCAAUAAAGCCGAUUUUGGGAGAAUAUUAUCACUUUGACAAAACUCCAGUUUACAAGGCCGCGUGGAGAGAGGCUAAGGAGUGUAUUUAUGUCGAGCCCGAUGAAGGCGACCAGAACAAAGGCAUAUUCUGGUACAGGAACCAGUUGUGAUGACAAUCAAGAGCUGGAGCUGUGUGUCAGGAUCUGCGGUUCGGUAAUGGGUUCCCUCCUCCACACUCUAGAUUUGUAUUCUGGUUAUGUCAGAUUGGUUGCAAUUUGACUUUUAGUUCUGCUUCACUUCAAUAAUUUCGUUGACCCCCCAAAACCCCAAUUCAUUAUAGAAGGAAAUUGCAUAAGCAUUCAAGUUGAACUUUUACUGUCUUCCUAGUCUCUUCUUUUUGACAAAAUUCUGAAUGCCGUUGUGGUAGAAUCACAUUUAAAUGAUGAUGGGGAACUAAUUUUGUGUGCCA